AUGUCGAAGCUCUCGGAGUUGUCGCACCAGAUGUCGCACAUGACCGCGAAGGAGAUGGAGGACUUCCACAUUGACCAGAACAACUUUGACUUGCAGAAGAUCCUCGACUUCCUCAUCAACAGGAACCAGGAAAACGGAAUCAAGACGAAGAAGGCGGAGGUGGUGUUCCGGAACCUGACCGUGACGGGGAAGAACACGUCGGCGUCCGUGUUGAAGGACGUGAGCGACAUUUUUGUGCCCUUCUACUCGAUCAUCAAGGCGAAGAUGAACAAGAAGAAAAACGGCGGCUUCGACUUCAAGAAGCUCCCCAAGACACGGAAAAUCGUCAAGGACGCCUCCGGCUUUGCAGAGCCGGGGACCAUGACCUUGGUGCUUGGCAGACCGGGCGCAGGCUGCUCCACCUUGUUGAAGGUCCUCUGUGGCCAGACGAAAACAUAUCUCGGCUACGAGGGAGAGCUCUUGUACGGAGGGAUUGACUCAAAGCAGAUGUUCAAAGAGUUCCAGAACCAGCUCAUCUACAACCCGGAGUUGGACGUCCACCUUCCCUACUUAACCGUCGAGCAGACGCUGAACUUCGCCAUAGGCUGCAAAACCCCAGACAUUAGAGUCAACGACAUGUCCAGAAAGGAGUACAUUGCUGCGAUCAAGGACUUGUACCUAAUUCUCUUCGGCUUGAAGCAUGUCGAGAAGACCUUGGUUGGUAACGACUUUGUCAGAGGCAUUUCUGGUGGUCAGAGAAAGAGAGUCUCUAUUGCAGAAGCAAUGGUCACCAACGGUACCGUCUACGCAUUCGACAACGCUACCAGAGAGUUGGACGCCUCUACCGCUUUGGAAUUCGCAGAAGCCUUGAGAACCUCAACCAAUAUGACCAAAAUCACUUCCCUCGUCACCAUCUACCAGGCUUCUGAAAACAUAUACCAGUUGUUUGAUUACGUUACUGUCCUCUAUCUCGGAAGACAGGUCUACUUUGGCCCCAUCAGCGAGGCCUCCGACUAUUUCGAAAGAAUGGGCUAUGCCCGUAGCCCCAGAGAAACCAGCUCAGAGUUCUUGACUUCCGUCACCGACCCACUUGCCAGAAACUUGAAACCAGGGGUCACCGACGCUCCUAACACCGCCGAUGAGUUUGAGCAGUAUUGGAAAAACUCACCAGAGUUUGCCAAUUUAUGUGAAGCAAUUGAAAAAAAGAUUCAAAAUUCGAACCACGAAGAGACUGGUGGAACAUUCAAUAAUGUCCUACAAGUUGAGAAACAAAAACACACCUCCAAACGCUCUCUCUAUACCGUCAACUAUUUUGAACAGUUGAAGCUCUGCUGUAAAAGAAGAGCUCAAGAUUCUUGGAAUAACCGUGCUUAUGCCAUGACUCUCUUUUUUGCUGCAUCUAUCCAAGCUUUUGUCAUCGGUUCCAUGUACUACAACAUCACUAAGGAGACUGUCGGUGCAUUUGCAAGAGGAGGUGUUAUUUUCUUCUCCCUUCUCUAUUUCUCCAUUAUGAGUUUGGCCGAAACCGCCACUUUGUUCGAAGACAAGCCAAUUUUGAACAAACAGUACGGUUAUACGCUGUAUCAUCCUUCCGCAGAACUACUUGCCAAACAGAUAGUCUCUAUACCUAUCCGUUCUAUUAGUAUCGUGGUUUUCGGUAUUGUCAUCUAUUUUUUGUCAGGUUUGAAGACAGAUGCAGGUGCUUUUUUCACGUUUCUUUUAUUCAUUCAACUCUGCGUCCAAGCUAUUAGUUCCCUAUUUACAUUGCUAGCAUCCAUUAUGCCCACUCUAGGAGCUGCUAAUGGUAUCAACGGUGUUGUCAUGAUGGCUUGCAUCCUAUAUUCAUCAUAUAUGAUCCAAAGUCCUUCAAUGUACUGGUGGUUCGAAUGGUUUACUUACUGCAAUCCAAUAAGAUUUGCCUUUGAGUCGAUUAUCUUGAUGGAGUUCAGAGGAUCACGCAUGCCUUGCUAUCCUUCUGAUUUGAUUCCAAGAGGUGAGGGUUAUGAAAACAUCGAUACUAUGGUUAAUCAAGUUUGUGGUUUUAUCGGUGCUGCUCUGUCCAAAGAGAAAUUCAAUGGUGCAAACGACGUUGAUGGUAUGAUUUACUUGGAUUUGUCCUACAACUAUAUUUGGAGACAUAUGUGGAGAAAUUUUGGUAUCAUGUUCUGUUUUAUCAUUGGCUAUUUGGUUAUCAACUGUAUCCUCGUGGAAAUUUAUAAUCCGAUUGUUGCUUCUUCCGAUCAACUACUAUUCACUCAUGGUGCAAAUAUUCCAAUUUCUUUAUUCGAAGCCAUUGGGUUUACAGAUGAAGAAAUUCCUGGCGCCGAAAAUAAGGAGGAUCAAAUUUCGGAUGAAGUCUUGGAGUCUAGAAGAUCAUUGGCAAACUCUGAAGGUAAAACAUUAGGUUCUAGUGAUAUCUUUGCUUGGAAAAAUAUUGAUUAUGUUGUUCCUUACGAUGGCCAAGAAAGGAAAUUAUUAGAUAAUGUUCAAGGCUAUGUUUUACCAGGAACUUUAACCGCUCUGAUGGGAGAGUCAGGGGCUGGUAAGACAACAUUACUCAAUGUCUUAUCGAGGCGUGUUGAUGUUGGUGUGGUCACUGGUGAUAUGCUAAUCAAUGGCCAGCCUUUGGAUUCUUCAUUUGAAAGACGAACAGGUUAUGUUCAGCAACAGGAUCUACAUAUCGCCGAAUUGACUGUCAGAGAAUCAUUAAUCUUCAGUGCUAGACUGAGAAGACCUGCUAGUGUUUCAGAUGAAGAAAAAAUUAAAUAUGUUGAUCAAGUCAUGGAAAUCUUGAACAUGAAUGAAUACGCAGAUUCCAUUACAGGUGUCACCGGCUACGGUUUAAAUGUUGAACAAAGAAAAAAAUUGUCAAUUGCGACGGAGUUAGUUGCUAAGCCUUCAUUGUUACUUUUCUUAGAUGAACCAACUUCUGGUUUGGACUCACAAUCUUCAUGGGCCAUUAUUCAAGUUUUGAGAGAGUUGGCUAAGGCAGGCCAAGCAAUUUUGUGUACCAUCCAUCAACCUUCUGCAACUUUAAUUGAGCAGUUUGACAAAUUGCUUCUAUUGAAGAGAGGUGGUCAGACAGUAUAUUUUGGUGACAUCGGUCCAAAUUCAGAAACCUUGAUCUCUUACUUCGAAAGACAAGGUGCUAAAAAAUGUGGUGAGCACGAAAAUCCUGCUGAGUAUAUUUUAAAUGUUAUUGGUGCUGGUGCAACCGCAACCGUUGAAAAAGAUUGGUAUAAAAUAUGCAAAAACGCAGAUUCAUCCUCUCACGAAGAGCUAAAAAAUAAAUAUGCUACUUCCUAUUUUUACCAACUGUCUACAGUUUACAAAAGAACUCAACUUCAAGUGUUCAGACAAGUGCCUUACAUUAUGUCAAAAUUUAUGUUGAUGGUAAUAGCUGGUUUAUUACAUGGUUUUACCUUCUGGAAUGUUAAGCAUAGUGUUAUUGGUUUACAAAAUAUAACCUUUGCUUGUUUCAUUGCCAUUGUUCUAUCCAAUCCAUUGAUCAAUCAAAUCCAAGAGCAAGCUAUUGCAGGAAGAGAGUUAUUUGAAGUCAGAGAAUCUAAAUCAAACACUUUCCACUGGUCUUGUAUGAUCAUUGCGCAAGCUUUGGUUGAAAUUCCAUAUGGUAUAAUCUUUUCAACGAUUUAUUUUGUUUGCUGGUAUUUCCCAAUUCAGCUCGACAACGAACCUUCAAGAGCUGGUAUGUGGUGGUUCACUUAUUGCUUCUUUUUCCAAAUGUUUUAUAUCACUCUAGCACUUGCAACUGUUUAUGUUUCCCCAGACUUACCAUCCGCAAAUGUUUUGAUGGCUUUGAUUUUCAGUUUUAUUAUUGCUUUCUGUGGUGUGGUUCAAAGACCUAAUCUGAUGCCGGGAUUCUGGAAAUUCAUGUGGAGACUUUCACCAUUCAGUUAUUUUGUGAACAAUAUGAUAUCAGUUUUGGUUCAUGAUCGCCCAGUUACAUGUAAAAAAGAGGAAUUUAACGUUUUACAACCAGUUACAGGCCAAACAUGUGGUGAUUAUUUAAGUGACUUCUUUGCUGCUAAUGACGGUUAUGUGAAUAAUCCUAAUGCAUCUUCCGAUUGCCAAGUUUGUCAGUAUUCCGUUGGUGAUGAAUUCUUGAAAGAUACUGGCAUGUCAUACUCUUACAUUUGGAGAAAUGUUGGUUUCUUCUGUGCCUACAUUGCGUUUAACUUUUUCUGCAUGGUUGGUUUGUAUUACGUCUUAAGGGUUAAAAGCAUUAACCCAUUAUCUCCUAUUUUCAAAUUAGUCGAGAAAAUCAAGAGCAAGAAGAAAUAA